AUGGCGGCCGAAAGGGAGCCUCCUCCACUGGUAGAUGGGAAGACCACUGACUUUGAAGAGCUGGAAGACGGCGAGGAUCUAUUCACUAGCACUGUCUCCACUCUGGAGUCAAGUCCGUCAUCUCCAGAACCAGCUAGUCUUCCUGCAGAAGAUAUUAGUACAAAUUCCAAUGGUCCAAAAUCCACAGAAGUUGUGUUAGAUGAUGACAGAGAAGAUCUUUUUGCAGAAGCCACAGAAGAAGUUUCUUUGGACAGUCCAGAAAGGGAACCUGUCCUCUCUUCAGAACCUUCUCCUGCCGUCACUCCUGUAACUCCUACUACACUUAUUGCACCCAGAAUUGAAUCAAAGAGUAUAUCUGCUCCUGUGAUCUUUGAUAGAUCCAGAGAGGAGAUUGAAGAAGAAGCAAAUGGAGAUAUUUUUGAUAUAGAAAUUGGUGUAUCAGAUCCUGAGAAAGUUGGUGAUGGCAUGAAUGCUUACAUGGCAUAUAGAGUGACCACAAAGACUUCCCUUUCUAUGUUCAGUAAGAGUGAAUUUUCAGUUAAAAGAAGAUUCAGUGACUUUCUUGGCUUGCAUAGCAAAUUAGCAAGCAAGUAUUUACAUGUUGGCUAUAUUGUGCCACCAGCUCCAGAAAAGAGUAUAGUAGGCAUGACCAAGGUCAAAGUGGGUAAAGAAGAUUCAUCAUCCACUGAAUUUGUAGAAAAACGGAGAGCAGCUCUUGAAAGUUGUCGCUGUGUGUCAAAAUGGACUAAAUGGCACGUAACAAUCACCAACUUGCUUCUUCAGUCUGUAACUGAUAAAACAUGCAAUCAAAAUGCAUUGGUAAUUAGUGGUGAUAGGAAUGUGGAAGUUGGGAAGAAAGAGGAAGAAUUGGGUGUGUUUGACCAUCGAAUGAAGUGCUGGCAGAAAUGGGAAGAUGCUCAAAUUACUUUGCUCAAAAAACGUGAAACUGAGGCAAAAAUGAUGGUUGCUAACAAACCAGAUAAAAUACAGCAAGCUAAGAAUGAAAUAAGAGAGGAAAUUGAAGAGUGGGAGGCCAAAGUGCAACAAGGAGAAAGAGAUUUUGAACAGAUCUCUAAAACAAUUCGAAAAGAAGUGGGAAGAUUUGAGAAAGAACGAGUGAAAGAUUUUAAAACUGUUAUUAUCAAGUACUUAGAAUCAUUAGUGCAAACACAGCAACAGCUGAUAAAAUACUGGGAGGCAUUUCUACCUGAAGCCAAAGCCAUUGCCUAG